AAUCAGCGUCUCCGACAUAUUUGAGUGUAUAGGGCCUGUACGAGUGUUCGGCCCUAAUCGGUUUCCCCCGUAGCCUUUCGGCUAACGUCUCUCGUCGUGCUCUUCACUUGAUUCAAGUUGGUCGUCUAUUACGGUUCAAUAAUAUAUUCAUUGAUAAAUAAAGUUCUAAUUUCUAAUUAAACUAAGUCUUAUUAUUAUUGUUUAAAUCCUCAUAACCUCUAACAGGUUAUGGGCCCAGAGCUCGCUUUCACUGAGCAGAUUAAUAAAGUGUUUGUUAAAUUAUAAAAGGUGUAGUAUAGAGAAACGUGUAAGUGAUUUUGGAAAAUCUAACAAAGAAGACUUGCAGUUUCAAUGGCUGAAAACAAAGACAAAGAAGGAUCGACAGUGUCGUCGACUCUUGAAAUAGACACGUUAAAUGAAAUGCUUGAUAACAUGACAUUUGAAAAUGUUAUGGUCAAGCUGGAGGGUGUGUUUAUGCUUAAAGCAAACCACCCAAAUGAGGAAAUUGAGUUAUCCCUGCAUGAAAAUUAUAUUUCACUAAAAACUCAGACGAGUGUUGAGUACAAAGCAGCUAAAACAUUUGUUACCAAAGAGGAGUUGAAAGCGCUAGAAGUAUGGCUGGACAAAUGUAAGAAACAGGGCGUGAAAGCUGUGCUGCCGAGUACUGUAAAGAAACAGGAAAUAGUUGAUCCUGUAGAGGAACAAUGGUUGGCUACGAGAAUCAGCAACGACAGAACGAAUGACGACAGUAGUGGUGACGACGGAAAGAGUGACGAGAGAAUCAGUAACGACAGAACGAAUGACGACAGUAGUGGUGACGACGGAAAGAGUGACGAGGGAACUAGAUAUGACGGAACUAGUUAUAAGAGGAGUGUCAACACAACGAGAGCUAUGAUUCAUAAUGUAGAAGGAGAUAAUAUAACUCAGUUGGCCACUGAGACAAAAGGUAAUGGAUCUGAUCAAUCUAAAGAAUGAGAGUUAAACGAGAGGAGAAACAGAAGUUAAUGAGACGACCAAUUGCCAAAGCAAGGAACCAAAAGACUGAAUCUGUUCCUAUAACUGGAUUUAAGUUUGUUAUUGUUAAAAAGUUCAUAUAUAUUUGUAAACAUAUCAUAUUUUGUAUUUGAGAUUUGAGACUUGACGCAAAUAUGUGAAGACGGGAGGGAGUGUUGGAAAUCAGCGUC